AAGCCUUCAUGGUUCCUCUCAUAGAACCUCCCUCCUGGCUUAGCGCGGCUCAUGGAAUUCCGAAUAUAUCCUCAUAUAUGUUAGCCGGCUUUCGUCUAUGCUCUUCGUGUCCAUCACCGCGCCCCUUCUUUCUUCUCUCCCUCCAUUGCGAUUUAACAAGAAACUGGGCAUUUGUAGAAGAGGAGCAAGUAUUACCUAGCACUUCCAGGGUUAUGAAUUUUGCUCAUUGUAACAUCAUUCGAAGCUCUAUGAAAAGGAGGAAGUCAGUGUCAACAAGAGAUUGCAUUGUUGCAGGACAAGUUGAUUCUAGUCAGAGGCUAAGGGAACAGAAGAUGAACUAUCUGUUUGCAUACGUUUUGGUACACUAACAUCUUCAUGAUCAUUUCCAAAAAAAAACAUCUUCAUGAUAGGUGCAACUGAAGUCAAUGCUCUACAUUUUUGGAAGAAGUCCUAAUACGACGGAUCAAAAGGGGAAUAUUUUUUUGUGGAAACUCCUCAACCUUCAAUACACAUCAGCAGCUCUUUAAUUGGAGUGCUCAGGUAUAGUAGUGUGCUUAUAUAUUAGUGUGGUAGUGGUACUAUUUUGUGAGCAUAAUACCAAUGAAGAUGUAACUGAAACCU